CUUUAAGCAAACUUUUGUUCUGGGAACUGCCUAAUACCACAAAAAUGGGUAACAUUGGAGUACAGCGUCAAGUAUUUCUGAAUAUACUCCUCUAUCCACUUAGACACACACCCUGGGGAAAAAUAGAAGAGGUUCCUGGUCUUCUCAAUCACUGGACAAGAAGACCAUAAACACACAAUGCAGCUAGCAGAGCCUCAGAGAAAAAGUUGCCAACAUUCCCAGAUGAUCCCGUGGGUUGUUGCUGUUGUUUUCAUCUCACUUCUUGGUGCCUGUUUUAUUGCAAGUUGCUUGGUGACUCAUCACAAUUUUCGGUGCUUUAGAAGAGAAACAAAAGCAUGUAAGCUGCCAGCGUACCACAAGAAGGUGACAUGCAUCCAAGAAGCAUCAGGACAGAAAGGAGGUACUUGGAUUUGCUGUCCUGUUGGUUGGAGAGUCUUCCAGUCCAACUGCUAUUUUCCCUUCCAUGACAACAAGACCUGGGCUGAGAGUGAGAGGAACUGCUCCGGAAUGGGGGCCCACCUGGCAAGCAUCGUCUCUGAAGCAGAGCAGAACUUCACAACUAAGAUUUUGAAUGAAUUAUUUCUGUACUUCGUUGGACUUAAAAGUGAAAACGGGAGAGGUCAGUGGCACUGGAUAGAUCAGACACCAUUUAACCCACACAUACAAUUUUGGCUUAAAAAAAACCUCAAGAAUGUUCAUAACGAAGAUUGCGCUGUCCUUAUUAAUGACAGAGCUAUAUGGAGCUGGAGUGAUUUUCCUUGUAAUGUGAAGACAAGUAGGAUUUGUAAGCUACCUGGAAUAGAACUCAUGUAGGAAUCUCCAAGGUGGCCUCCCUGAUGGAGACAGAAAAGAACCAAUGAGAUGACGGCCUGUACAUCCAUCACUGAAAUAGAGAAAAGAUAUGGUGCUAUUGUGUAUUUUCAGUCAUACGGCUUUGGUGUCAUUGUGUGUUGAAGAUAACAUAGUUUUGAAUGGAGUUUUGAUAGAAAAAAUGUUAUGUGUGAAUGAAUUUUACUUAUCUUUGCUGUCUUGGUAGUAGUGCAAGGUAUUUACUUUUCAGUUGAUUUGUAUUGAUUUCAUAUCUAGCACAAUGGCUGGAAUAAUACAAUCUGUUUGUCAUUCCUCUCAUGCUCAAAUUCUUAAUUCUUAAAAUACAAGGGUAGGAUAUUCUAACUGGUAGUGCUGAGUCAUAUUGAACCUAAAUUUUUAAAAAUUUUAAAAUUAUUUUACAAAUAUAUUUUUAAUGUUUGAUGGUUCAUUUCCAAAAUUUUAAACAUGUCAUUAUGCUGACAUUCUGAGAUAAGAUAUUUUUCCAGAGCAAUAUUCUAGAUUAUUUCUAAAUUAUUGGAUUACAUGGGGAAAUAAAAAGGAUUACUUCAUACUCUAUUCUAAAUGUCUCUUUAAAGCAGAUAGUCUUUUCUGUUUUAGCAAUGUGUUUUAUGAAGCAGAAUUAACUUUAAUCUUGAGAACUAAACUUGAACUGUGAUUAUACAGAGGAAGUAUGGACAUAAUUUUUGGAUACAGACUAAAACUACAGUACUUAUGGAAAAGAUAGUCUUAAGGUGGUAGUUUAAUUUCUUUUUCAGUGGAAAUGUGCAUUACAGGCCCCUGGAAAUUAACUCCAACUAUGUAACUGGGGAAACAAAUUCCCUGGGAAACUGAUGGACUCACUCCCAUGCUGCUUGUGAUUCACACAGCUAUGGCUACAUCCACCCUUCACUAGUGAUGAAUGUAUCCCCUUUGGAAUUGUAAGAAGGUUUAUGAGGCUAUCUCAGCCUCUUCAUUAUGAACUAAAAGUUCUAAAUCAUUUGAAGUUGCACUUUAUUGGUAUUUUCAUUUGUAAUGUGAAUUAGACUCACAUUUUUAACCCCUUUAUAUGUUGUAAAAGUCACAUCCAAUAUCAAAAUAUGUUAGUCUUUCUUAAAAUUUUGCUGAUGUCUCUUCAGUCUAAGAUUAAAAAUCUUGAACAGCAGCUUUGUAAACUAACUUGUCAACCAUUAUUUUUUUAAAACCUUAACAUUUGUUUUGAAACACAGUUAUUGAUUUUCUGUUUCGAGACUCACUGUUUGAUUAUCUGUGGUGCUGUGUGAUGAUAAUAAUGAUGGUGAUGUGUAUGUGUGUGUACUUAAAACCUACACUGAAAGCAGAUACUUUGAAGUGUUGCUAAGUAACUGAAUUUUGCGUAUUCACUUAAGUAUAAAACACAAAACUUGUUGAAAUAACUUUGUAUAUGUUCAAAUAGGGUUUGUGUAAUUAAUAUUCAUUUUUAUCUCAUAUAAAGCUGUAUACAGAUAGAGAUUCUGUUGUCAAUAAAAUGUGAUCUCUAUGUAAUUUCA